AGACAAGUGUGUGUUAGACUACAAACAGUGUAGAAACAUGUCAUCAAUAAUUUCCUAAUACACACACACACUGUACACACUGUAUAAUAUAUUAUACAUUAAUUGUACAAUAAUUGUAUACUAAUAUUACCGGCUUAUUGUUUAGUUAAAGUUUUAUUAACUGUUUGGUUGGAAAGUAUAUUAUCGAUUAUAACACUAUUUGCAUAUUUAGAUUAUUAGCUAAACAUUGUGCACCUGUAUGUAUGUGUUAGGGGUUAGGGGAUUAAGUGGACAGUAAUAGUAGUAUUAUAGUCAGUGUGUGUCAGAUAUAAUAAUAAUUUGUUGACAAACUUUUGUUUGUUUUUCUCUUUUAUUUAAUUUAUUAAAUUAUUUUGUGAUUUUCAUACAAAUAUUGGACGAAAAAAAAUCUAUAAUUAAUUUAUAGUAGUGUUUAUAUUUAUAAUUAGUUUAUUUAAUUAAUUUUAUCAAAAAAAACAACUGUUUUUAAUCCGAUAGAAAAAUAAUACAAAAAAAUUUUUUGUUAAAAAUGUUUAAACUUUUAUCGCUAUUACUGUUAAUUGUGUGUCAAUUGACCACUAAUUCAGUGUCGGCAGUGGCCGUCAUGUCUGUCGAUUUGGGCUCCGAGUGGAUGAAAGUGGCGAUUGUGUCUCCGGGAGUGCCGAUGGAGAUCGUACUGAACACCGAUAGUCAACGCAAGACACCGGUAGUGGUGUCCUUCAGAGAUGGCGAACGGCUUUUUGGCGAUUCUGCCCAAACAGUUGCCACUCGGUUCCCCGAUAAAGCGUUUGCCUAUUUUGGCGAUCUGGUAGCCAAACACCGUAACUCGUCUUCAGUUCAGUUAUUUUUGAAACGUUUUCCGUACCACAAGAUCGAUGACACUAAUAACGGUGUGUCGCUGACCACUGGCGAUGACCUCGUAUUUACCCCGGAAGAACUGGUAUCAAUGGUGUUGACAAAAGCCAAAAAGUAUGCCGAAGAGACCAGCAAACAGCCGAUCAACGAUGCAGUCAUUACUGUGCCGCCGUAUUUCACUCAAGCCGAACGGCGGGCUAUUCUGGUGGCCGCCGAUUUGGCCAAACUCAAGGUUCUCCAAUUGGUCAACAGUAACACUGCAUUUGCACUUAAUUACGGUGUGUUUCGCCGAAAAGAUUUCAACACAACAGUGACCAACAUAUUAUUCUACGAUAUGGGCGCCGCCAGUACUACCGCUACCAUUGUGUCCUAUCAGUUGAUCAAAACAAAAGAUCGUGGAUUUACCGAAACCAAUCCACAGUUGACCGUCAAGGGUGUAGGUUAUGAUCGGCAACUCGGAGGACUCGAAAUGCAGCUACGAUUGCGCGACCAUUUGGCAAAAUUGUUUGCCGAACAAUCUAAAAAACCGUUGACCGAUAUUACCGGCAAUCAUCGGGCGAUGGCUAAACUGUUCAAAGAGGCCGGACGUCUGAAGAAAGUGUUGUCGGCCAACACCGAACACAAGGCACAGGUGGAGAACGUUAUGAACGACAUCGACCUGAAAGCGAUGGUCACUCGUGAAGAGUUUGAACAACUGUGUGACGAUCUAUUCAAUGAACGGCUAACCAAACCGAUUGACGAAGCCUUCAAAACAUCGGGCUAUACAUUGGCCGAAAUUGAUACGGUUAUCAUAAUUGGCGGCAAUACGCGUAUACCGAAAAUACAGACUGUCCUACAAAAGUAUUUCAAUCGAGAACUGUCCAAAAGUAUUAAUGCCGACGAAGGCGCCGCACUGGGAGCUGCAUAUCAGGCCGCCUAUCUGUCCAAAGGUUUCAAAGUUAAGACAUUUAUAGUGAAAGACGCCAAUCUAUAUCCCAUACAAGUGGACUUUGAACGGGAGACCGAAGACGGAGGUUCGCGUAAAUCACUGUCGCGGACACUGUUUGCCCGAAACAAUGCCUAUCCACAGAAAAAGGUGUUGACAUUUAACAAACAUACCAAAGAUUUUGGGUUUUCCGUAAACUAUGGCUCCAAAGUCGAGGAUUAUUCGACCGCUUUAUUCAAUGUAUCACUAAAAGGUGUCUCCGAAGCUAUUGGCAAACAUCCCGCCGAAGACUCGAAGGGCAUUAAAGCGCACUUCCGUAUGGAUGAAAGCGGUUUACUAAACCUGGAGAGCGUUGAGGCCGUCUUUGAGUCGAAAGUCGAAUCUGAAGCCGAAGAGGUUGGCAAUAUUGUCGGCGACGCUAUCUCUAAGUUUGGCGAAUCGAUAUCAAAACUGUUUGGUAGUAAAGACGAUGAGGCGGAUGUUGAAAAAGUUAACGAUACGGAUACUUCGGGAGCAACCAAUGCCACGGCUAAUACUACAGACAAUGCCAAUCAACAACAAGAAGCAAAUGCAACGUCUGAAGCGGCACCAAAUAAGACAGAGUCGGCGAAUGCGACCACAAAUGGGACACAAAGUGGUGCACAGAAAGAGUUGAAAUUGAAAACCAUUAAAGAGCCGAUAGAUACGUCGCUUGUUUUGCUGGAUUUACCAGAAACUGAUGCCGAAGUUUUGCAACAAUCGCGCGAUAAGAUUAAAGAAUUGGAUGAUAAAGAGGCGGACAAACUGAAGAGAGACAAAGUAAAGAAUACAUUGGAGUCGUUUAUAUUAGAAACAAGAGAUAAGUUGGAUCAGGAAGAGUAUAGCAGCGCAUCGACCGAUACUGAGAAAGACACCAUUCAAUCGAAAUUGUCGGCUGAGUCGGAGUGGUUGGAGUACGAGUCGGACGGUGCCGAAACCAAAGUUAUCACCGAUAAGUUAGCCGAUCUCAGAUCACUGACCCGAGCGCUGUUCGAUAGAGUAAAGGAACACCGGGAACGACCUGAAGCAUUGGCCGCAAUUAAUAACAUGUUGAAUAUUAGUCAAAUGUUUUAUACCGGUGCCACCAAUGUGUCCGAUGACGACCAGAUUUUUACCGAAGUAGAGCUCAAUACACUGAAAAAGUUGAUCGACGAAACCAAGACAUGGGUGGACACAUCGGUCCACGAACAGAGCAAACUGGCCAAACACGAGACGCCGAAAUUGACUCUGAAAUCAAUUGCUGAAAAGAUUGCCGCUUUAGAUCGGGAGGUCAAAUAUAUGUUGAAUAAGGCGCGCAUAACACCACCGAAACGGAAACCAACAGAAAAACCAGAGACAACAGCAUCAGAUGAUGACAACAGUGACGACAAAAAUAAAACAAAAUCUGACGAAAAGAGUGAUGAUAAAGAAGAAAGUGAGACAAAACCGGAAACAAGUGAUAAACCAGAAACUGUUGAGCCGUCGAAAGACAAGUUGAAAGACGAAUUGCCCGAAACAAAAGCUGAACGCAAAUUACGUGACGAUAAAGAGGACAUAAAACCGCAUUCCAGUAGUGGCCAGACGUCUGCCGAUGCCGAGCACUCGGAGUUGUGAUAGCAUUAGAGUUAGGAUUUAUUAUUAUUAUUAUUAAAAGUAAUUUAAUUGUUUAUAUAUUAAUUGUAAAAUGU